CCGGCCCGCGCCGGAACUGGGGUCGGAGCACGUGGCGAGGAGGCGGGCGGCGAGGCCGGGGUCGCGCGGGGCCUCGGCGCCCGGCGGCCCGCAGUGCAGCCGCCCGCCCGCCCGGGCCCGGCGCCGCAGGGUGGGCUCGGCAGGGGCGGCGCUGAGGAGGCGCGGCCGCCCGCCUGGGGCAGGGCGCGCUGGGCUCGCGGAUCCCCGGGCGCCUCGGCCCCGGCGGCGUGUGCGGAGUGCGGGUGGCGGAGGCCGGCCCGGCCGCCCUGCCGCCCUGCGCUGGUGGACGUGCUGAAGCGGGCCACGGCCCUGGGUCGGCCUGGUCCGGCCUCCAGCCCGGUGAUGGGGCGAGUGCAGGUGGGGCCCGGGGAGAAAGGGCGGGCCGCGGGGGCGCUGGCCGCGCCCCUGCUGCCCUUAGCCGAAGGCCAGGCCCUGCGAGCCCACCCUUCCCGAAGGAGGCAGGGCCACGGGCAGGUCGCUCGCUGCGUUGUUGCGGAGUGCUGACCGGCUUGAUCCCUGUCCACCUGUUUUACCCCGGGUCUUGGUGAUGAGUGUUGUGAGCAGAGGCCCUGGGCCCUGCGCGGACUGGCCGCUCGGGAGCGCCACGGAGUAGCGGAAGGAAGGUCGGGACCUGGGGACCUUGCUCUGGCCGUGGUCCCCCUCCCCACGUGGCCAGGAGGCUUAGCGUGUUUUGUGUGCCGCCCGGGUUGGAACCUGGCGUCGUGCACACCAGGCCAGCGCUCCCCCAGCCAGCCUCGUUCCUCCAGACUUCUGAUCACAGAUAGCCCCAGAAAUUGCUACUGCUUUGCAGGCACUAGCCUAUUGCCAAGAAGCACUGGAAGCUCUUUGUGGGCGGCCUUGACUGGAGCACGACCCAAGAGACUCUGCGCAGCUACUUUUCCCAAUAUGGAGAAGUUGUAGACUGUGUUAUCAUGAAAGAUAAAACAACCAACCAGUCUCGUGGUUUUGGGUUUGUCAAAUUUAAAGACCCAAACUGUGUGGGGACGGUGCUGGCCAGCAGACCACACACCCUGGACGGCCGGAAUAUCGACCCGAAGCCAUGUACUCCUCGGGGAAUGCAGCCAGAGCGAACACGGCCGAAGGAAGGAUGGCAGAAGGGACCCCGGAGCGAUAAUAGUAAAUCAAACAAGAUCUUCGUUGGUGGGAUUCCUCACAACUGUGGUGAGACAGAGCUCAGGGAAUACUUCAAGAAAUUUGGAGUGGUCACCGAGGUGGUUAUGAUCUAUGAUGCGGAAAAGCAGAGGCCUCGAGGUUUUGGAUUUAUUACUUUCGAGGACGAACAAUCAGUGGACCAGGCUGUCAACAUGCAUUUUCACGACAUCAUGGGCAAAAAAGUGGAAGUUAAACGGGCCGAGCCUCGGGACAGCAAAAGCCAAGCGCCCGGACAGCCAGGUGCCAGCCAGUGGGGGAGCCGUGUCGUGCCCAAUGCCGCGAACGGCUGGGCAGGCCAGCCCCCGCCCACGUGGCAACAAGGAUAUGGCCCACAAGGAAUGUGGGUGCCAGCAGGACAGGCAAUUGGUGGCUACGGACCACCCCCUGCAGGAAGAGGAGCCCCCCCACCGCCCCCUCCGUUCACCUCCUACAUCGUGUCCACCCCUCCUGGCGGCUUCCCCCCUCCUCAGGGCUUCCCACAAGGCUAUGGUGCCCCACCACAGUUCAGUUUUGGCUAUGGGCCUCCACCCCCACCACCGGAUCAGUUUGCCCCUCCCGGGGUCCCUCCUCCUCCUGCCACCCCGGGGGCAGCUCCACUGGCCUUCCCACCACCUCCAUCUCAGGCCGCCCCAGACAUGAGCAAACCCCCAGCGGCCCAGCCAGACUUCCCCUACAGUCAGUAUGCAGGUUACGGGCAGGACUUGAGCGGCUUUGGACAGGGCUUCUCCGACCCCAGCCAGCAGCCCCCCUCCUACGGGGGCCCCUCAGUGCCAGGGUCGGGGGGUCCCCCCGCCGGUGGCAGUGGCUUUGGGCGAGGUCAGAACCACAACGUGCAAGGAUUCCAUCCCUACCGACGCUAGCCGCAGCGCCACACGACCCGCCCCGGCCGAGACCAGGAUUGGAGACUCGUGGACUGUGACAAUCACACCCUGGGGGGAGGGGGGAGGGCAGAGGCUUCGGAGCUGGCUGUGGGUGACUGGACUGAAGUUUUUAAAUAUAUUUCUUUCUCUGACCCAUCAGCACAAUAAAAAAAAAGUCACUGGUUCAACAACAGGGUUUAAAAAAAUGUCUUCAGCUUUAAUUAAAAACUUCAGGUUUCUUUUUCUUCUUCUUUUUUUUUUCUUUUUUUUUUUUUUUUUUUGAAUUAUUUUCCUGAGCCUUUUGUUUUACCGUAUAUUGUAAACUUUUAUGUUAAAGAAAAAAUAUACAUUUACAAAUUGUGAGAUUUUUAAGAGAAAUUUUCUACGAUGUAUACUGGCUUAUUUUUUAAUUUAAAAACAGGGUUCGGUCGGCACUGGUGGGAGGGGUCGUUUUUAGGUCCCCUCACUCCUGGCUUGGGAGUUGGGGCUUGUGGGUCCAGAGACUCUGGGAGCUACAGAAAUCUGCUGAGUGUUUUUGUUUUUGUUCACUCCUUGCUUUUGUCGGCCGGCCGGCCUGGUAGCAUCUGCAGUGUGCUGUGGAGGUGGGCGCUCUUGACUGGCCGCAUGGCAACCCUGACUUCCGCAGCCUGACCCUGGGCAGCAGGUGCGGUCUUGCUGGAAGCCCACCUCUCUCAGCACAUGGCUUCAGGGCUUUCCCAUUGACCAGUUUGACCCUGGUUUGAAUAAAGAGAAGUGCGUUUGGAUUAGAAACCCAGGUCGUGUGC